UACAAAAAGCUAUUGAUCAAGGAUUAAAUCUCGAGCAGACAGUGAAAACAACAACAGAUGCCAUGCAAGAAUUUCGUGGUUAUGUUCUCUUUGAUUGGAUACAUUCUAAUUUGAACGUACCAAAAGCAUUCGAUGAAUUGAAAGCCAACAAGUAA